CCUGUAAAUACUGGCCACUGUCAUACCUCCACACUCCUCUCCUGUACAUACAGAUCACUGUCAUACCCCCCACACUCCUCUCCUGUACAUACUGAUCACUGUCAUACCUCCACACUCCUCUCCUGUACAUAUCGAUCACUGUCAUACCCCCCACACUCCUCUCCUGUACAUACAGAUCACUGUCAUACCCCCACACUCCUCUCCUGUACAUACAGAUCACUGUCAUACCCCCACACUCCUCUCCUGUACAUACAGAUCACUGUCAUACCCCCCACACUCCUCUCCUGUACAUACAGACUCCUCUCCUGUACAUACAGAUCACUGUCAUACCCCCCACACUCCUCUCCUGUACAUACAGAUCACUGUCAUACCCCCCACACUCCUCUCCUGUACAUACAGAUCACUGUCAUACCCCCCACACUCCUCUCCUGUACAUACCGAUCACUGUCAUACCUCCACACUCCUCUCCUGUACAUACCGAUCACUGUCAUACCCCCCACACUCCUCUCCUGUACAUACCGAUCACUGUCAUACCCCCCACACUCCUCUCCUGUACAUACCGAUCACUGUCAUACCCCCCACACUCCUCUCCUGUACAUACCGAUCACUGUCAUACACCCCCCACACUCCUCUCCUGUACAUACCGAUCACUGUCAUACCCCCCACACUCCUCUCCUGUACAUACCGAUCACUGUCAUA